AUGGCUUCUAAUCUUAAUCUUAAACUUGUUUUUCUAGUGUCUUUUCUGCUAGCCGCUAGCUUGAGCAGCAAGGCAAUAUCAGCACGUCCUUUGGCCAAUAUUUCCCCAGGCUCAAACCUCAUGGCUAGGUUAAAGUUGGACGACGAGUCGUCAAACUGCUGGGACUCUUUGAUGCAACUUCAAGCUUGCACUACUGAGAUUAUUCUGUUUUUUCUCAACGGUGAAACACAAUUAGGUCACGGUUGCUGUCGAGCUAUACGUGUCAUUAGUGACCAGUGCUGGCCUAACUUGAUUGACACGUUAGGGUUUACUACAGAAGAAGAGGAUAUUCUUGAAGGAUAUUGUAUUAAAGAUCAGGAGGAUGGUAAUCAUUCUACUCCGCCACCGCAAGCUCCGCCGCGUGUGGUGCCUAAUAAGGUUGUUUCGGAGGAAUCUUUGGUUUCUACUCCUUGA